AUUACAAAAACGUCAAAAAUCUGUUUGUUGUUAUUUUGCUAGAAAUGAAUCAAAUUUCUUCUAAUCUUUUUACAUUUUUUUUAAUUAUUCCUCUUAAUUCCUAAAAAACAGAGUGUGAAAAAUGACUACAAAUAAACUAGAAUACGAUUCUUCUUUGGGCGGCCCAGUUGUCUUACCGACUCACCUGCAAACAUUUCGCUAUGCAGCUGCCAGCAUCAACGAAAUCAAAGGCCUCCUCGAUGAAAUCCGUCAUCCAACAAGUACCAAGUUGGUAUUCCAAACAUUACCUAAACAUAUGCGUCGCCGGGCAAUGUCCCAUCAUCCAAAACGUCUGCCACGCAAAUAUCGUUCCAUACACAACUCACAAAUGGCCAAAGCCGGUAAACCACCGCAAACGACAAAAAGACCGUCGAGAAAAUAUCGACGUAAACCAAGUAAUCUUUUAAAAGAAUACAUUCGUCGACAGAAAUCACAGACAUGGCUUGAGACUCACAUUUGGCAUGCAAAACGAUUUCAUAUGAUUUCUAAAUGGGGCUAUAAAUUGCCCUAUGCUUCUUGCGAUAAAACUUAUCGAUCUUGCUAUCGAGCUUCAGCUAAACACUGUCUUUUGCAAGAUAUUUCUUUUUAUGCUUGUUUAGAAAUUCAGGGGGGUUUCGAAGAGAUUGUCAAAGGAUUUGGGUCAUUGACAAGCUCCAAAUGUGGUCUUGGUAUUGGAGCCAAGACUUUUGCUUCAGGUCGAAGAGAAGGAAGCAUUGAAUUGUUUCAGUCUGGCCAAUAUCCAAAUGGUUCCAUGGGAAAAGUAAGCUUCCUUUGGAAACCACAAGAUAAUGGUAUCCGAAUUUUAUGGAUAUUCAUUCAUCCAUCGGCUUACAAUGAAAUCCUUAAAGAAAUCAUAAAGAUUUUCGACUUGAAAAGCACAAAAACUGAAAAAGUUCCUAUUGAAUCUGAGAAUGAUGACAAAAUGAAUGGAAGUCCAAAUAAAAAGAAAGCUCUCCAACUACAAUUUGUUACAAAAACUUUUGCCUAUCAAAGGGCACCUAAAUACCAAAACGAAUCCAAGACUUUAAGUCUUGUCGAACUUAAAGACACUAUGAAUCGGUUUCGUUUAACUGGUCCUCUAUCUCAGGCUGUCCUUGGGAAAGCUUUUAAAGUCAAACCAAUUCGAGAUUCUGAGCCAGAGAAUUGGUUCAAGUCAACAGUGAAAAAUAAGACUUUCUCCGAAGCUCAUUUAGCCCAAGAAGAGUUUUGGAAAAAUUGCCAAGGUGUGAAUUCACCUGGGGAACUACUUUCCAACAUGAUUCUUGGUCUAAAUAUCGAAGAUCCGAGAAUAAAUCGUCCAAAAAAACGUACAAAAUCCCAACCGGAAAAUAUUCAACCAAAUCUAGACAUUCUCUUCGAUUCUAAUCAUAACCUUCAUCAAAGUCGAUUAUGGGACUUUGAAUUGAGAAAUCAAAUUUGUAGCAAAAUGAUGUCCACUCAUGAAUUCUGUUCUCAGCGUGAGAAGAAUUCAUUAGUUCCUGGAGAACGUUGUCAAUUCGAAGAAGAAAUGCAACCAGUUCCUUUGAUGCUUAUUCAACGACCCGGUUCACAAGAUCAUAAUUACAAACGAUUGAGUUAUGCUUGUGGUUGGGAUGUGAUAGUUCCUUCUGGAUAUGGAAUGUCCGUAUGGUUAUCGUUGAUAAUGUGUGGUGCUAAGCCAGGUGGUUUGAGAGAAUUCGAAUCGAUUCAAAGAGAAUUGGGAACAGAUCAAUUUCUUCCAGAUUCUUUACCAGGAAUUAAAGAAUCUGCUGAAAGACAACUUGAAUUGAGGGUGAAAUAUUUUCGAAAACCACCCAACAAAAGGUGUAAUUAUCGAAAAAAUUCAAUUUGUAGUCCAUUUAAGGCACCUUUGGGUCAGCUUAUAAGAGAAUGGUCUCUCACUGAUAAGAGUUUCUUUAUAUUACGUGAUAAAGAACUUCUUAAGAAUUUGCAUUUAGCAAUAAGUCAGAAGAAAUCGCUGCCUGACUUACCUUCAUCGUGCCUUAUACAAAUUAAUCUUCGAAUGAAAACUCGUGGAUGUCCGGGAGAUUUUGCUAUAAUCUGUCUACCUACAAAUGCAGAUUUCAAACGGAAUUUAAAAAGAAUCAAGUUUGAAAAGAAUGACCCUAUCUACACGGAGCCUUUACAGAAAGAUCCAAAUGAAGCUGAACGAAAGAAAUUGAGACAAAAUCAUAAAAAACUUCUCAAACGAAUGCGAGGCAGGCGAGUGAGAGAGAAGAGGAGAAAACAGGAAAAAACCGAAGGUAAAAUCACAAUUCGUCCAGCAAAUACAUCAACUCUUGUAAUGGAACAAUACAAGAAAAUGUGUGAAUUAUGGUUGCCGGAGAAUUCAGCUGAUAUCAGUAUACGAAAUCAAUGUUCUCGUGAGGUUUUUGGCUAUGUAACGAGAUGUGAAUUUAGUUAUAUUGAGGCGACUGUAGCUGCAAUUGGUUAUGUUACAGUACCAGGAUUGCAGAAACUAAUGAGUGUAUGGAAACGUGCCAAAGGUUCAGAGAAAAUGGUUUUGGUGCGUGGUACAAAAAGUCGACAUUAUCGUUUUGCUAGUUUUAAGAUUAAUUGUGAAAUUUGAAGUAAUUUAAUAAAUUUUUGUAUUUUUAUGGAUUGUUAUAAAUAACGUUUUAACAAAAUAUAUAAAUACUAGGAGGAAGGACAGGUGCUAGUCCGA